AUGACACGGACUGCCUACUGGAAAGCUUUGGCCGUCACCACUGCCACGACAUACCCCUACGCUCUGUUGGUGUCCAAGCUUUCGCGGAUCCAGCUGAGCGAGUUCAAGCCAUGCUCCGCAAGGGCUUGCACCUUCAUCAAGAUCUUCGGAAGCGGCAUGGUGCCCACAACCUUUGAUCGGAGCUGGGAGGAUGUGUUCGCCGUGGUUCGAAAUGGAGACACCAAUCACAGCAGGCUCAGCCACAACUUUCUGGAGCCCCUUUGCCCGUCCUUCUCCUUGCGGCAGAUGCAGCAGGAAUGCAACGGAGAAGCAGCCCGACAUAGCAUUAUCAACCCGCUGCACAACUCUCGCUCCCGUCAUGCGUAUGUCUGGUGCAUCGGUGGCUGGUGGCUUUCCAAGAUCCUUCACGAUUGGCUGCUGCUUGCUGGGGCGCACGAGUACACAACUCUGCGAAUAGGCUUGGUGUCUACGUUUUUUCAUCUUCUGGCUGUGUGCGCCGCCUUCCUCUGGAGCAUGGGAGCUGUGGAGGUGUUCUUGUCCCCCAUGGGGAAUGGUGAGUGUGCCUGCUACUACGUCCUACCGGAGCUUGAGUCCAUCUUUGCCAUUGGCACACCAUGCUUGCUGUUUAUCACGGCCGUACGGAAGUUGGAAAAUGUCCAUCGAGCCCCCCUCGUUGGCGACUACUUGUACUACCAGCAGUAUGAUGCACCCUACCGCCUGGUGAACAAAUCCAACGGGGUGAGCACUGGAACUCUGCUCGUCAGCUCGGCAUGCGGCUAUCAUGCAGAGGCGUGGUAUGACCAGCUCAACAUCGAUCAGCUGCGAGGCGUCUAUGCCUGUCACCAGGUCCUGUGCUAUGUGGUGUUUCUGGGAGUUGUAUCCAUUUGUGUUGGCAUCGGCAUCGGUCCGGUUUCUGCGAGAUCCAUCGAGCUGAUCCUGAACACGUCAGCCGGCGGCUGGGUCUUGAAUGUGCUGCUUGCUCUCGUCAUGGCCGCCAUUUGGUGCUUUCCAGCUUUCCUCAUUUUCCGACUGGUGCAGUCCCUGCCCAUCGACUGGAUGGCUAUGCGCCCGAGACCUGAGCUUUGGGAGUAUCACUCCCCCCGCAUGAACCUCGCAGUGAGGGUGACUUGGGUUGUCUUUCUCGCUUCCUGCUUGAUUUGGGCUUCCUGGGUGUUGUCAUCUCCCAUGAUGGCCAAAAUGUGCAACCAGUUCUAUAUCUUCGGCUCGCGAGAAGCAUACCUGAGUGCGCUGGCCGGCAUCUUGUACUUUGCCUUUGGCGUGCAGAUGUUCGUGUGGAUCGUCUACUUGGUGCCUGCUCAUCGGGCCCUGUACGUUAAGGCUCGGAUGCCAUUUCGGCCCUCCGCGUAUGUGGAGAUUGGAAAUGCGCACCCUGAGUUCAACCUGGAGUCAGAGGUGGAGCUUGCGUACGAGUUCCUGAAGGGAGACGCCGACGGAGUCGUUCUCGAAACGGAGGGCGACCGUGAGACGACGUUUGCACUUCCAGAAGAAGCUUCAGCUCCUGAAAGGCUGCCGCACUCUUCCCCAGCAAGCCCCGGCGUCGCGAUGUCAGUGGGGCUGCAUGCCGACGACAUCGGCCGCGACUUGCAGCUGAUGUUGAUGCAACAACACAAGGAGAUCAUGAUGCAGCUUGCAGCCCACACCGAAAUGCUUGAGGGCCUCCGCUCCAAAGCCCGGGCUCCCUUCGAGUUCAGUCUCGUGCAGCCCAACCUGCCUCCCGUAAGAGAAAGACGGCCGUCGCAGUGUUCUGUGCAGUCCGUGGACAGUGCCCGGUCAGCUGCGGCUGCGGGAGGGGACGGGGAUGUGGUAAAGGCACUCAGCCUCAAGCCAAGAAGAGGCUCGGAGAAGCCGGCGCAGAGAACAGGCCGGCGCAGGUUCCUCAAGAGCUUCUCUGCUGUCGAUCGUGCCAUGCGGCGAGUGGCUGCCGAAGCGCAUCGGACAAGGCAGGAGAUGCUCCCUGGUCAGCCAGAGCCUGGCCGUGCGAGAACACCCCUCCCCGUCACAAUCUGCGAGCAUCCCUUGUUCGAGGUGUUCUUCACCCUCAUUAUUCUUUCCAAUGCCGUCUUCAUCGGCGUUGAGACCCAGUAUUAUAUCGACAAUCCGGAUGAUGCGCGCUGGGACUUCUUUUAUGUCACUGUGGUCUUCACCACCCUUUUCAUUUUCGAGCUCAUAAUGCGGGUAUUGGCCUAUGGAAGAAAGGUUUUCUGUGGGUCGGACGAUUGGAUAUGGGGUUGGUUGGACCUCACCAUUUGCAUCACUGGCGUGCUGCAGCUGACCGAUGACUUCAAUCUUCUUACACAUCAUGAUGAUGGUGACAGUUCCACGAACUCCUCCGUGCGGGCUUUCCGCAUAAUCCGGGUGGCUCGUAUUCUGCGUGCUGUUCGCGUGGUGCGGGUAUUACGCUUUGUGACAGCCCUGCGAACCUUGGUCAUGUCUAUCUUCCACACCUUGAAGGCCUUGUUCUGGGCCCUCGUCUUGCUUAUUCUCAUCGUCUACGUCUUUGCCACACUGUUUUCGUUCGCAGUCCAUGAGCAUAAGCAUCUUGAGGGGGACUUGCCCGCGGCACAGCAGGAGGUGGCCGAACGUCAUUUCAACUCCGUUCCGAGAACCAUGCUAAGUCUCUUCAUGGCUAUCUCCGGUGGAAUGAACUGGCGUGAGCUCGUCUAUGUGCUGGAGGAGAUCUCCGUGGCCUGGGAGUUUUGCUUCCUAUUUUACGUGUCUUUCACCUACUUUGCAGUGUUAAACGUAGUAACAGCCGUCUUCUGCCAAGCAGCUAUCGACAGCGCUCAACAAGAUCAAGCCUCGGUGAUCCAGUCCAUCCUCGAGAACAAGGAAAUGCACCUGGACAAGAUCCGGGCGCUUUUCAGCCAGUUCGGUGGAGAGGAGUGUAAUACUAUCACAUUCGCCAUGUUCGAGUCGACCAUUCAGGAGCCUAAGGUCAGAGAGUACUUCGAGUCUCUUGGGCUCGAUAUUUGGGAUGCAUGGAGCUUCUUCAAGAUGUUGGACUUGGACAAUGGUGGUGAGGUCGAGAUCGACGAAUUUUUGAUGGGGUGCUUGCGUUUACGAGGCAAUGCACGCGCCGUUGAUGUCGGAAAGCUCAUCCACGACCAGAACUGGCUCAUCAAGAACUUCGGCAGGUUCCAGGGGCAUGUGGAACUUCAGCUCUCCCAUCUGCUCGGUCUCAUGGCAUCUGCUUUGGGUGCGGAGAACAUUCUCGAAGGUCUCACCCCUGGAAACUUCAGCAGAGGUACAACUCCAUGGGAUAAGACGUCCGGUGAGAGACUCCCCUCACCGGUUCGCAACAAUCAACCCUCACCAGUUCGCAACAAUCAAGGCCGUUAG